AUGCCAAUCUGCAGUAAGGCGAUUACUCUGAUUGAUCUGGUCUAUAAGCUUGGACAUGGCGUUCGUUUCCACGAGCAAUUCGAUCGAAUGCUAUUCAAGUCUUACGUCUUCAUUUCCGUCAUUUCCUCAGUCGUCAGUCCAAGAGUCAGUGUCUUUGGUGAGAAGCAGAGUUCCGGAAACUCUUUCCUCUUCGCGACUUCCAAGCCAUCAUCUGUGAACUUCCAUCACGCCAAGGUCAAAGUCAGGCAGAUGCGCAGCGGUCAAAGAUUUACGCUGUCCCGUGAGAAACAUUGUCCGUUGGAACUUGCUUCGCAGUUGAUCAACCAUCUCAGUGACAAGUCAAAUGCUAUCGGUCUUGAUCCGGAGCAUAAACUUCGAGCGUGGAAGAGUAAGCUCGACGCCGCACUCCAGAGGUUUAGAAAGCGGCAGCGAACAUGUCCAUUUGCGAUUCCCUCUACGAAACUCAUGCAGAAGGGUGUGGAUAUCAUUAGCGAGAUAUUCUUCUUCGAUGCCCUACGACGGUGUCGGUUCAAGUGGAGGAUAGGCUUGGCUAGACACAGUCAGGCGUUAGGUCUUUGCAAGCAUAAAAGAAAGGCCCAUAGCUGGACAGACGUGCGUAUGGAUCCGGCUGAUGUCCACCGAGAUCAUCCAUCACACGCCAAGUAUAGCCAUGUCGAUGGCAUCGUCGCAACGUUGGUACACGAAUGUGUUCAUGCCUUCAUCUCGACUUACGCAUGCAACGACUGGAGAUUCGACGAAGAUGAGGAGACUCCACGACCCUGGCGGAUAUGCAGCAAUGCUGAUUGUCGUGCGACAAGACUUCGUAACAUCGGCGAAGAUGGACACGGAGUGGUUUUCAUCCAGAUAGCCAGCCAUGUGGAGGCGCACGCCAAGCGGGAACUUGGGCCCAAUAUUGAUUUUGGCAUAGAGAGCAGUGUGCGGCAUUGCUUCAAGAACACCAGCUUCAUAAUGACGUCCAACGAAAUCGAAAGUUGUCAUAUCGAAUCGCGAAUGAUGCUGCGACAGUUCGUGGCCCAAGCCGAGGGCAUCCAGGAACGGAUCGACGAGUUGACCAGCAGAGGGUAUCGUGGCGACAAAUCUGGGCUCCUCGCUGUGAUAGGCACUAUCCUUCUCAUAUCUCUUUCGUUAUUCUUUGCUUGUUGCACUCGCCUGGAGCCGGACAGUUCGACCUUCGCACCUCGUCAGCUCACCUCGUCGCCUGCGUUCUGGAUGUCCACUUCGCAGCACAACUGGCCACCGCGCGCCUUGCCUCAGCUCUGGUGCUUCUGGCAAUUGAUUCCUGGAAGAGCGGCUUUCAAAUGGGCGAUCUGCUUUGUCACCUGGAAGGAGAUGGAUCACACUCAGCUCUGCUUUCUCAGUCCUGGCGAGGGAGCUGGAUGGCGAGCGGUAUCUGGAUGCAUAAAUGCGACUCCGGGAGCGCUCUGUGGUGGGAGUGGACUUUCGCCAGCAUUCCAAUAA